CUAUCCUUGUUUCCUUCUACUACCAACCAAUCAAUCAAUUCCAGCACUCGCAACUUCACCAGACCCACCGUUUAUUCUAGAUCUACCACCACCAAGAUGUCGAACACUGCUGAGAAUGUUUCUGCCGCUACAAAGGACAAUGUCGCUGCUGCCGGUGACAAGGUAGGCGACGCUGCCGCCUCUGCCAACCAGCAAGCCGAAUCCCUCCUAAAGCAAGGAAUCGACCUCGCCUCUUCCACCUUGCACUACGCUCAAGCUCAAGUAUCCCACCUCACCGGUGUUGCUCAACAAAAGGGUGACGAAGCUUCUUCCCAAGCUCGUUCCGCUGCAGAUGAUGCUGCUGCUCAAGCUCAAGGAAUUACAAAUGCUGCUGCUAAAGAAGGUGAAAAGAGUAGCGCACAAGCUGAACAGACCUUGGGUGAUUUGGUCCAUCAGACUAGGGGAUUCGUUGCUAAUGUCUUGGACAGUGCAAAUGAAUACGUCAAGCCUGCUCAUGGUGGGCAGAGCACUACUGGAAGUGGAGGCAUUGUAGAGCAGGCUAGAGUCGUGGCUGGAAACGCCGUAGAGACGAUUAGUCACAUUGCUCGUGGAGAGUCAGAGGAUGCUAACAAGCUCGCCAAUGAUGCUGCUCAGAAGGCAAAUGACCUGGUCAACCAGGCUGCUGGAACCGUCAAGGACUACACCAAGUAGAUGGACAAGGGUAGUGCAAAGUGACCUUCUGAAAGGGGUCCAUGUUGCUUAUGGCUUGGCGGAUCUGAAAUGGUAUGCCAUCUCCACUCUCGUCGGCCCUGGUUGCGGGCAGAUGUAGAGCGGAAGGCGUUGGCUCGUCUCAAUGAAAUAGACUCUCAUGAUUUAAUGCUCAUUUGUGUG